UCCGGAUGUAUCGCACGCGUGGAGCUCUUCCCGUUGCGCCCACCAGCUCGGUACUGCCUGUCUGCCCUGCGCUAAGACGACAGCUACGUGCUGCCCCGUACCCCGGGAGCCCGGGAGAGCUCCUCGAAGGACCCCGACGCUAGGAAGCGGCGCCCGCGGAUGUCCUCCCCCGCCGCGUUGACUCGAUCCGCCUCGCAGCCUAGCGCCGUUGGCCUUCCGUGUCUGCGUAGACCCGCGCCGGAGGCCACGCCCCUCACGUACCGCCACGCCCCGAAGGCUCCGCCCCUGCUUCCUGGAUCCCACCCCUCCAUCUGCAGGACCCCGAAUCCUAAUGAUCCUGCAACAGCCCCUGGAACGAAGCCCCCCAGGGCGAGCCCCGCAUGACCCGCGGGCCACCUUGGGGGCGACUCGGGGCCUGGACGCCAGGGAACCUUUGCACAAGCAGUUCCCUUCCGAGGAGAAUAUGGCCACCCACUUCUCCCGACUCAGCCUACAUAAUGACCAUCCUUACUGCAGCCCCCCCAUGGCCUUACCCCCAGCCCUGCCGUCACUGAGAAGCCCUUGCUCAGAGCUGCUUCUCUGGCGCUACCCUGGAAGCCUGAUCCCUGAGGCCCUCCGUCUGCUGAGGCUGGGAAAUAGCGCCAGCGCCUACUACCCUGCACCCGCAGCCGCGGACGUCAUGGAGCUCUGAACCCUGGCAGGCAGCGCCCCUCCCCACCCUCUCUCUUCUGCACCACCGAGCAGCAAUCCUAGGAAAGGAAGAGUCAUCCACGGAGGAAGACCCUGCGCUCCGGAGCACUGGAAUGGGAGGGGCAGCAGCUUGGGAAGGGAAGUAUCACCCCAGAAAUGAAUAAAGAUUUCUGAGCAGUU